CGGAAGUCCAAGAAGUCUACAUAAAUACCACCAGUUCCCCGGCCGCAUCUACUCACCUACAACUCACUCAAUUCGAUUCUCCUCUCUUCCAAAUUUCUUCUCGAACCCUCUUCUCAACCAACAAUGGCUCCCGCAAUGCUCGAGACCGAAGAUCAUACUCGCGAUGCUGCUUUCAACAAGGCAAUGCACAAGGACUCUUCCAAGGCCCAUGGAGGAUUCAGUGCAAUGUUGAAAAAGGACAAGGCUGCUCAAAAAGCUGCUGUUGAUGAGUAUUUCAAGCAUUGGGACAACAAGGCUGCAAAGGAUGAAAGCCCUGAGACCAGAGAGGCACGAAAAGCUGAAUAUGCUACCCUAACGAGACAUUACUACAACCUCGGAACAGAUCUCUACGAGUAUGGCUGGGGUCAAUCCUUCCACUUCUGCCGUUUCGCCUACGGUGAACCUUUCUACCAAGCCAUUGCGCGUCACGAACACUACCUCGCCGCGAAGAUUGGUAUCAAAGAUGGAGACAAUGUUCUCGAUGUUGGCUGUGGCGUUGGAGGGCCAGCCCGGGAAAUCGCAAAGUUCACAGGCGCAAACAUCACCGGCUUGAACAACAAUGACUACCAGAUUGAGCGAGCUACACGGUAUGCCAAGAAGGAGGGUCUUGCAGACCAAUUGAAAUUCGUAAAGGGUGACUUCAUGCAAAUGUCUUUCCCUGCGAACAGCUUCGACGCUGUCUAUGCCAUUGAAGCGACCGUCCACGCUCCCUCCCUAGAAGGUGUAUACAGCCAAAUAUUCCGUGUUCUCAAGCCAGGCGGUGUCUUUGGCGUGUACGAAUGGCUCAUGACCGACAACUACGACAACAACAACCCGCACCAUCGCGAAAUCCGUCUUGGUAUCGAGCAAGGUAAUGGAAUCUCCAAUAUGGUGAAGAUCUCGGAGGGAAUUGCUGCCAUCAAAGCCGCCGGCUUUGAACUGGAACUCCACGAGGAUUUGGCCAAGAGACCUGACAGUACCCCUUGGUACUACCCUCUCGCUGGAGAUUUCAAGAUGAUGGGAUCGAUUUGGGACUUCCCCACGAUCGCGAGAAUGACUUGGUGGGGAAGAGGCCUUGUGCAUAGGUUCGUCUAUGUUUUGGAGAAGGUCGGCGUUGCUCCUCAAGGAACGCAGAAGACUGCUGACAGCCUGGCACUUGGUGCGGAUUGCUUGGUCGACGGUGGGAAAGAGGAUCUCUUUACCCCGAUGUAUUUGAUGGUUGCACGAAAGCCUAAAGCAUGAGCGGAGUUUGCGGAUCGGAGUCAGCAAGAUGGUUUUCAAGAUGAGAUGCUGCAUUGAUUUCCUGGCCGCUGCGUUGUGUUAUCUUCUUUGUACAUUGCUUCGGCCCUCGCUGGGAGGUUUUUCUCUUGCUCAAUGUUUAUACACUUCCGAGCACAUUGUGUCUGAUAGAGUAGGCCAGAAACAUAGAUAAUUAAUAUGAUAAUGAGAGAAGACAUGACCAAAACUUG